UGUAUAAAUAUUAUCUUCGGGACCUACCUCCUCUCCAAUUCUCUCUUAUCUGAGAGUUGGAACAGAAGAGAGAACCAUGAAAUUUCGACAUCCCUACCACGAGCAUCCUUUGCGUAUAUGCGAGAACUUAGGGGCCGCGACAGGGAUUGAUGGUGAAGUAGUGGUAGCUUGCCGAGUUUGUGAUGGUCUUAUCGAGGGCAGCUCGGCAAUUGGAUGCGAGGAUUGUUCUCAUUAUAUGCAUUUCUCUUGCUGCAAGUUGAAUCAUCCCCUUCAUGCGCAGCACCCGCUUAUACCUAAGGAGGGGCUUUACGGUUGCCAGAUCUGCAGCGUCUCGACCAUACUCAGUCACGGCUGCUCCGACUCCUGUGAUUUCCGCCUGUGCAACUACUGCGUCAGGCUAGUCCCUCCUUGGAAAUUCGAACUUGAGGGGCAUCCAUUCUUCCUCGUCGAGUCCAAGAAUAUGCCCGGAACCUGCCUCACCUGUGGCGAACACAGCAACACCAUGAUGUUCAAAUGCAUGUCGCCUCGCUGUACCGAAUGUUUCCACGUCCAGUGUGUCCCUUUCCCUUUGCCUGAAUCCAUAAAGCAUCCAAACCACUGGCAUCCCCUCACCUAUACAGAAUCUUUCGUCGACCCCAAUAUCAUAGGAUGCUACUGUGAUGCCUGUGAAGAAGAGAGAGAUCCAAAGAUACCUGUAUAUCUCUGCGAGGACUGUAACUUCACAUCGGAUGUGACUUGUGCGUUGACUCAGAUGCGUCUCUUCUUCAUCUUGGCUCAGGUAUCACCCCCACUUAUUGCUGAAUGGGAGGCCAGGACAUAUCAAAGUGGACAGGCAAAUCGACAGGGAGACCCUCGCCAUGUUCACGAAAUAAAGCAAAAGAUUGCGAGACUACGUCGAGAUGAGGAACGUCUGACGUGGUGUCUGGAAAGAAUAGUCCAAGAAUUGAACAAGGCUGAGGGAAGGCAUGCUAAAUAUGUUGCAUCAAGAGUGCAAAGUGGAAAGUGAUGAAGUAUCUUGCAUUCUUAGAUAGAUGCACUCUUUUGUUUACUCCGAAACCAUUCCCACUCAUUCUUGUCAUUACCGAUUAGAGAUUAGCAUUGAAUUUAAGUUUCUAUGGUAUUGUUUUUGUGAGAUUAUACUUGCUAUUGUGUGGAAAAAUGCCAGCAAGCUGAUGGCCGAGCCAAUGAAACAGAAUUUCAGCAAAGAGUACUGCAUUUUACCUUGUGAGAAAGUUAAAUGCAAUUGUGACACCUAGUUGGUUUAAAAUCCUGAAAUUA